UUUUCAUAAGCUUAACAAAACCCUAAUUCCAAAUCCAAGAGCUUUUCACCAGGGGAAUUGCAGGUCGUCUCAGUCUCUGGUUCUACCUCAUGCUCAAGCUUAACAUUCAAUCCGAUCCCUUUUGAACAAUGGCGAAAUCGAAGAACCACACUGCUCAUAACCAGUCCUACAAGGCCCACAAGAACGGCAUCAAAAAGCCCAGAAAGCAUAGGCAAACUUCCACCAAAGGGGUUCGUAUAUUUCGAAUUUUUCCUUUUCUUUCGUUA